AUGAAUAGUGAUCUUCUAAUUACGAAGACGACGGCGUACGUUAAUCCUAAAGUUACGACAGAAAUAGUACUUAAGCUCAAAGAUGAGAAGCCCGCAAAGAAGGAAGCAGGUGCUUUCUACGGACGGGAGCGACAGGUCGGCAUAGUUUACGACCUCGAGCAUCUCGAUGAGCACGAAUACCGGAAGUACUCAGCUUAG